AUGACAAAAGAUAUUUACAGUACGAGCAUAUCAUUCUUAUACGUUGUUACUCAUUUUUGCUACAUGUUUUUUUUUAACUACAUUGGUCAGCAAGUAAUAGAUCAUAGCAACAAUAUAUUUAAGAAAACAUAUAACAGUCGAUGGUACGCAGCUCCAUUGAACACGCAAAAAUGCCUCAUAAUAAUAACAUAUCAAAGUAUGAAGACUUAUACAUUGACAAUCUGUUUUGGACUAUUCGUGCCGUCUUUGGAAGGUUUUGCUACGCUUAUCAGUAAGUCAUUAUCAUUCUUUAUGGUACUUUAUUCUGUACGCUAA